GCGCCCAACGCCUCGCACUUCUUCUGGAACAACUACACCUUCUCCGACUGGCAAAACUUUGUGGGCGGGCGGCGCUACGGGGCCGAGUCCCAGAACCCCACGGUGAAAGCGCUGCUCAUCGUGGCUUACUCCUUCAUCAUCGUCUUCUCGCUUUUUGGCAACGUCCUGGUGUGUCAUGUCAUCUUCAAGAACCAGCGAAUGCACUCGGCCACCAGCCUCUUCAUCGUCAACCUGGCCGUCGCCGACCUGAUGAUCACGCUCCUGAACACCCCCUUCACUUUGGUCCGCUUCGUGAACAGCACAUGGGUGUUCGGGAAAGGCAUGUGCCACGUCAGCCGCUUCGCCCAGUACUGCUCCCUGCAUGUCUCUGUCCUGACGCUGACAGCCAUUGCCGUGAACCGCCACCAGGUCAUUAUGCAUCCACUGAAACCCCGGAUCUCCAUCACAAAAGGUGUCAUCUACAUCGCAGUCAUCUGGACCAUGGCUACCUUCUUUUCACUCCCACAUGCUAUCUGCCAGAAAUUAUUUACCUUCAAGUACAGUGAGGACAUUGUUCGCUCCCUAUGCCUGCCAGACUUUCCUGAGCCAGCUGACCUCUUCUGGAAGUACCUGGACUUGGCCACCUUCAUCCUGCUUUACAUCCUACCCCUCCUCAUCAUCUCUGUAGCCUAUGCCCGUGUGGCCAAGAAGCUGUGGUUGGGCAACACAAUCGGCGACGUGACCACGGAGCAGUACCUGGCCCUGCGGCGCAAGAAGAAGAAGACCAUCAAGAUGCUGAUGCUGGUGGUGGUCCUCUUUGCCCUCUGCUGGUUCCCCCUGAACUGCUACGUCCUCCUCCUGUCCAGCAAGGUCAUCCAUACCAACAAUGCCCUCUACUUCGCCUUCCAUUGGUUUGCCAUGAGCAGCACCUGCUACAACCCCUUCAUCUACUGCUGGCUUAACGAGAACUUCAGGGUGGAGCUGAAGGCAUUACUAAGCAUGUGCCAGAGGCCACCCAAGCCUCAGGAGGAGAGGCCACCCUCUCCAGUCCCUUCCUUCAGGAUGGCUUGGACAGAGAAAGGCAAGGGGCGGAGGGCUACACUAGCCAACAACCUCCUGCCCUCCCCGCAACUCCAGUCUGGGAAGACAGAUCUAUUGUCUGUGGAGCCCAUUGUGGCGAUGAGUUAGAGGAGGGUGGGAAGAGGCAGAGGGGAGGGCUCUGUCUACAGCUGAGAUUGGGAGAGAGCCUGAGGACAGAGCCUGGAAAAGAGCCUGUCCUCUCAUACAUGACCUUCACCAUGCUGGAAACAAGUUCCUACAGAAGCCGUAGGACUCUUGAGUUCCUAGGAAACUGCUUAGCUUCCUGGCCACAUUUGAUGUGAAGACUAAAAGGCACCUACCAACUAGACAUAUGUUUGUGAAUUUCUGUCUAAGAAAUGCUAUGAGGAAUAUCACCCUGGUUCCUGAGCCAGAGAACAAGACAACUUCAGCCCAGAUGGAGGCUGAGUCAGUCAACUGCCUCCAACUGUCAGGCAGCUGCCUUACCUCCCUCCCUGCCGCUGAGCAUCCUUAAGGACACCUGAGUCAUAUUUGGGUGUGGCUUACCCAGAUGCACAGAGCUGUGCUUGAAGAAGCUCAUUGCACAGUGCACGGUUAGCGAACCAGAGUUGGCACGGAUGUUUUCACGCCUCACUUUCUGAAGUCAUGGGACCAGGAUGGAUCACAAUUUUGUGGUAGCCUGGCCUGAUAUUUGAUAAGAAAGGAACAGUUUGGUUGCUUAAAACAACAACAAAACUUAUUAUUAAAACUUUGGAAAAUUCAGAAAAGCACAAAGAAGAAAAUAAAAAUCACCCCCUUCUUCCUACGUGUGAUAAACUGUUAGCUGUGGAUUUAUUUGCAACUUUUUCUUUUGUGCCUGUGUGUGAUUCAUUUCAUGGUGCACUGCACUUUUCCAUGCACAGAUAAGCAAGAAACGGGCGCAGAAGAGAACUCUUGAGCCUCUCUCCCAAGAAUAGUGUCCACCACUAACAGAAGAGUUGGAAGACGAGGUGGGAGAGGAGCUCCAGGAGAAGACUGUCACAGAGCAGACAGACUGCCUUCCUCUUGUAGUCAGUGGUGAGGGGGGCCUGGCUGAAGUAACUCUUUUCAGAUGGUGGCCAUUGUGAUGAGCUGGGAACAAAGCUCAUCCAAGAGCCACAAUUCCUUCUCUCCUGGAAUCACACAGAAUGGGAGGCGGAAAGCCUUGCCCUGCUUUCACAGGAGAUGAGGGAGCAGACUUUCCAACAUGCUGGAAAUCAUUGUUAGACACCUCACACACCCCCUCCCCCCAAUCUAUCUAGAGAGGCCAUUUCUCUGUGUUGCCUAAAUAAUAAGGCUUCUUUAUUUUCUUCAUUGUCAGCAUCACCCUGGCAGUUUAUGCAUCACUUACAGAAACCUGUGCCAUCGUUGUGAUGGUCCUUCAGGACUCAACGUGCCAGAGAAACCUCAUUCCAGAGACUGAGCGUUUCAUCACCUUCUAUCUAAAAGAUGCCUCAGGCAGAAAAGAGCUUCAUUCACCAGCCUGACAUCUGGGUUCUGGGUUGCCACUCUCACCGGUUUUAGCUUUCUUCUAGCACCAGACAGAUCCAGAAAGCAAAGCAUGGUUAUGGAGCAGAGUGGGAAACUCAGGUUUGGGGAGAAGGGGUUUCUCCAAGGUUCACUUAGAUCGUGUGGCUGUUAAUGGAAACUGAACUUGGUCCUAUCACUUGCUUCCCUAUAAUGAACCAUGGGAGUUUGUUAUACUAUUCUAUUUAUGAGGAAGUUUGAAACUUUUCAGGAUGUAAAGUUUUGAAAAAAAUCAUCUUUUGAACAGUGGGUAAGAAAGUGACUUUCAUGGAGCAGGGAGAGCUGUCUGAAUCCAUAGGGAUCCCCAGGUGGGUUUUUCUGGCCAAAUGGCUCCCAUGUCUGUUGGGGUCCAGCCCCAGCAGGUCCAGGGGUUCCCAAAGGUGUGGACGGAGUCGGCGAAGAAGGAAUGGCAU